GUCUGUUUGUGAAUGACGUCAAGAGCGUAAAACAAGAUGGCGCCGUCUUAAGCUUUAAUUGAUGUUAAUGACUUCAUCGACGUGAAAGUCUGCCUCUUUUGAGGCCCUAGGCUUGAAUUACGGCUCUUCUGCAUCAGGACAAUCUUCACUCUCGUGUUAGGGUGUUGUGGGCGUAGCUGAACGCCUCAGAAUAGCCUGUGGGUGUCGCUUCCCUCCUCCGAGCCUCCGGUGACAGCCGGGGUGACGAGCCGCUGACAGGAUGGACAGUGGAGAGUUCAUACCCUCCAUGGACAACAUGGACACGACUCUAGCGGAGUUAGGGGACGAGUUUACACUGGGAGACAUAGACGGUGAGUAUCUGUUAUAAGUCUAAUGGUGGUCGGUGUUUCUGUUUCAUCACUCAGUGUUUGUUUCCGCUCAGUCUGACACCCCCCGGACACGCUCUUCAUGCUGAGGGGAAAACCUCAUUAGCUUUGUUUAUGACUCAUACUAACACUGACCAGGACUUACAGAGUUAAUGUUUUAAGUUUCCACGACACAGCAGGUGGAGUGAUAUCAGGAGGUACAUUUUCAUGAGCUCCUAUUACUUUGUCAAAGAUAAAAUGCAAGUGUUUUGCCAGUGUGAGCACUCUUUAAUUUGACAAGAAAAAAUCAACAUCUCUAUUUAACUUAAAGGUCCUGUGAGGAGUUUUUAGCUGAUCAUGAAAGAGACUGAUUUAAAAAAAAAAAAAAAAAAAAGAUUCCUCUUCAUAAGCUCCAAAAAUAGACAAUUUCUGUUGUUUUCUGUUGUUAAUUUUAAUACGGUGUGUGUGUGUAAAUCAAUAUGACAUUACAGAGGUGGGGAUCUAUAAAUGAUUAUCAUAAAAAUGUAGUUAAAGUUAGUACAUUUUUUAAAAACAGCUGCAGUUAAAGUAAAUAGUGUUAAAUGUCAAAUAAUUAUAUUAUACAGUAAUAUUAAAGUACAAUGUUAUUACAAAGCCUUGUAUCUCAGUAAAGAGCAAAGCUUUAUUUGAGAAUUUAUUUGCCAAAUUAAUGUAUUUUUUCCACAUUCCAUUCUUGCCUAUUAUAUUCACUUUUAUAUUUUUGAUACCUGAAAAUGAAUCAUAAAAAAUAUAAGAGUAAUGAAACAAUACAAAAACUGAGCUGGACCUUAAAGCUCCUAUAAAGAGUUUCUAUCUGGCUAUGAAACUGAUUGAUACUAUUAUUUAUGACCCACAAAAGCAAAGGAAACAUCAGGGACAGGAUUGAUACUUUAUGUUUAGUUUAUUGAUAAAGUUUGAAAUACUGGAGGCGGAGGGUAGGUGUGAGUCAGAUUCAUUGAGCUGACACUCCUGAAACAGCCUUAUUUACAUGAUACAUGGAAAAUAUUCUUCAUGGGGGGUUCAUUUGAGUGAUAACAUGAGGCAAGGUAAGAUUGUUAGUGGAUAAUACAAGAAAUAGAAAACGUUACAGUUUUAUCUUGUAGAUAUUUUUGUCCAAAGUAAAAACUGCAUGUCAUAGACUCAGCACAGCACAAACAUGGAUCUAGACAGGAAAUAACAACAUGAGUAAGUGCAUCUUCAGGUCCAAUCAGACUCAUUCUGAGCCGUUCUUGAGACAAUGCACACGGUGCGUAGAAGCAUUUUUUAUUUACAUCAUCAAUACCCCGAAAACAUCAGCAUCAAAAUAAUAGCACCAAAAUAUGAAGUUCAAAGUAGCUGACAAAAAGCUGGAUCUGAUCCUUUCUCAACAGUAGAAAGGGGCUAUUUGGAUCAAAUGUAACUUGUUCCACCUCUGGGAAUUUACAGGACAAAACCUGUAACAGAGAUAAUAGAUCCUGUUUUGUUCACAGGGAGCACCAAAAACAAGACGAGCUAAAAGGCUCUCACUAAACUUUAAAUUCAAUUUCAGGUGUUGACUGUUUCUGAUAGGAAAUCUAUACUGUGGCAAUGUUUAAUAAGAACAACUUCUCAUCCAUCUUAUAAAUAGUUUGAGUGGUUGUAAUAUCAGUAUAUAAUUAUUGAACUACACAGGUGACUCAGUCCAGCAUGUUUACUAAAUCGUAAAGUUGUGCAAAAGUUUUGAGAGUAAUUAAAUAGUUUACUAUGAUACUCAAGCAAUGCAAAGCUGGCUGUUUGCUCAACGACUGCACAUGUGCCUAUAUUGAUUAUCAAGUAGCAUUACAAAACAUUAAAUUUACUUGAAGUUGAGUUUUUCAAGAUUGUGUUAUGUACAAUUUUCAUUUUAAACUUACCUUAAAAUGUUGCGUGCAGAGAUAAACAAGAAUACUAAAUAAGAUGUGCACAAAGGAAGGCAAUAUCUGCAAUCGAAGUUACUGAAAAAUAGAAGAUUUUAUUUUAAAAAGCUUUAAUGAGAAAAUAAGGGUAUGAGGUUGUAGGCAGGGUGUCAUCUUCCAUGGAGCAGAGGUGUCAUUUGCCAGGAAGCUGUGCAUCUUGGCAGUGUUGGGUGACACUUAACUGUUACUUACUCAUCAGUAGUGAAUACAGUAUUGCUGUGAGAUAAGGAUUAUUAGAUAAACUAUGUAGAAACUUACGUUUAGAUUGAUGCCAUCUAUGUCUGGAUUUUAGCAGUGUGCAAUUCACAAUCCCUGAAUUCUGUACAGGAAAUUGUAUAGAAUUUGGGGACCUCAUCAUCUACACUACAUACAAUCAUAAAGGAUACCAAAGAAUCAGGGAAAAUUUCUGUACAAAAAGGGACACGAUUAAAAACCAAAUGAAAGUUCAUCAAAAACAAACAUAACUCUGUAGUGGAACUCACUGCAGAGGCUCAGAAUCACACCCUAAAACUGCUGUAUGUGAACACAGUUUGUUGCUGCAUCCACAACAGGUCACAACUGUACUGAGGAAACCAUUUAUAAACAUGAAUCAGAAAUGCAGGCAACAUGACUCCCAUCAAAAAAAGACCUUAAAAUCUAAAUUAUUUUAUCUCAAACAUCUUUUUCAAAAGUAUGCUUUGAAUUCUUUGAAUUAAGUUAAUCAGAUAGAUCUCAUCUUUGUUUACAUCGAGUGCCUCCCUCUGCAGACUGGCCCUCGGUGAACAAACAGCAUCCUAGAUGCAAUGCCCCUCUUAUCAAAACAAGUCCUUGCUCUUGGCACACAGUGAAAGGAUACGGCUUUUAGUGGGGUGCCAGCCAAUGCAGAGUCACCAGAUUUCCAUUAGGGUGGAAUUUUACAGAAUGCUAAAUCACCAGACCGGACUGAUGGGGUCAGUGUUUGUCAGACAGGGUGGGACAAGGCGGGUAUCAUGGUUUAGCUGUAUCUGUUUUUCCACUGGCAAUGGUGGGCAGUGGGUUUCAAAUACUCAUGACUCCCUCAGUAAAGGCCAAGGUUGAUGGAACUGUCCACAGUCUUAUGUAACCAUACCGAGCUCAACCUGCUUCAAGUUUCAGGUGGGAAUUCUCUUUCUGAGGGGGCACCAGGUAGAGUGAUCAGGCAGCAGUAAAGCCCCCUGGCCACAGUUAUGUAAUGGUUUGUAAAAAAGGAAUGUACAGGUUUAAUGAGACAGCUGAGGGAUGACUGAUGAGUUCAGAGUCAGUCCAGACUUAAAUCUGCUUCACUCAGACUCUUAAAGCUCUCGGCUCAUAGAUGAAACCUUCUCAAAAUCUAGAGACUCCAAAUUGUAGGCAAUGUCUCUCCUUAAUGUGACAGAGAACUUUUGCUUUACAGAUGUUAAGAUCACCAAAGUAUUACCCAUUUUCUAGGCUAGACAUGGUUAGGUCUCCUGCUCUUUCGUUGAAGUUGCUAGUUAACUGUAGACCUCCAGAGAUAUAACAUAACCUUUGUUCUGCGGACAAGCCAUGUGCGCUUCAUUGAAUGUUAGGUUGCAGAGGCCCCUGUAAGGGCUCAUGGACCCGACCUUUUUUUUCUCCUUGCACAUUCUCUCUCUCCCAAUUACUCCCUUAGCAACAGCAGAUGAGGUUAUAUAACCUGUUUUUCUUUGUACUGAGCAGUCGAGGAAACUGUCCCCCUUUGAUGGAUCUACCCUUUGUGUAAGCUUGUCUGAGGCUCUGGGGGCCUCAGCGCGGCUUUGUCCUGUCUGUCAUGAACAGCCUGCCCCCUGUGGAGAUGUACAGUGCAAGUGCAAGGUCUAGUGUGUCAGCUUGUAUAAUAUGUGCCUGUACAUUUGUCUAGAAAAUGACAUGUUGGUGAAAAGCUUCAGAGCUAAAAAGACAGUUAAUGUUCUAAUGAACUGUGCCUUACAAUCCACAUGGUUUCAAAUUAAAGUUCAUGCGAAACGUCAAAAUUUUUUGGUUAAGUUCAGAAAUUGUUUUUUACUGCCACUGAUUACACCCUUCAAAUACUCCUUUAAUCUAUGCUCAAACAUUUAUAAAGUCCAGCUCUCUCAGACCCAAAUCCUGCAGCAGAUUCCUGCACCAGAAGCUCAUUUUAAACUCUAUUUUCCCCACUUCAAGACGUAGCCUGGGAAUAGAAAGCCAAGAUAAGUCUUUUGACUUGGUCAGAGAACAAGCACUGUCACAUGCAGCAAUUUUUAGAUGAAUAAAUUCAUUUAAAUAAGAGGCAAGCAAAUUCAGAAUUGCUUUGUAAACAAGUCUAUGGGUGAAAAGUGCAAAUGCAGGGCAGCCAGCUGGAGCAUGAAGGGAGCAAUGCUGAGUUAGGGACUUCAAAGAACCGCAAAGCUCUGUGGCAAACAAUAAACAGACUGAAGGAGAUUGUGCAUCACCAGAGUCACUCAGGGGCAUAAAAGAAAAAGUGUAUAUUUUAAAAAUAGAAGCCGCUAUAGUUUCUUUCUAAACUGCUAAAUAUAAAACUUAAAAGAUAAAAAAUCUUUACUGACGAUACAGACCCAAUCACAUCUUCUUAAGAUAAAGUGAUAUAUGUCAGGUUCGUGGCUUUGUCCACGAAUUUGUAGGCAUCAUAAAUUUUGUUUUAUCAGUAUUCAAAAUAAGUUUUAUUUAAAAAAAAAAAAAGUGUCUUGCACCCUCAUUUUGGAAGUGACAGAGAGCUGCUUAAUGUGUUAGAGCAGAGCAGUAAAUAAAGGCAUCAUCUGCACAAAGAGAAAAUUUGCGUCGGGGACAUUAUGACAAAUACUGUUAGGGUUUGAAAUCACAAUGGUCCCAGAACAGAACCCUGAGGCAUGCCAUGUAUAAUUAAAAGUGAUCCAAAGCUAAUGCCUUCUGCCUACACACAUUGUGAUCUGUUUUAUAAAUUAUGAUUUAACUAAUGGAAAGAUUGUCCACAACAAGUCGAUCAAAAGUGCUGCACAGUGUUCCCUAUUGUCAAAGAACUUAACAGAGUAAUGACAGCUGAUUUAAUACUCUCUCUCCUCUCAAAUCCUUUGUGAUAAUUGGAUAAAAAUGAUCAUUAUAAUCAUAAUGAUUACAAAUAUGCAAGUAAGUCAAAAUUAUAGUUUGAAAUGUGAAUAAUUUACAUUAAAUUCUAGUGCAGGCCAUGGCCAAUAAGCAUUGAAAUGUGAAGGCCAUGGCCCCUGACAAAUGCAGCCGGUGACUGGAUUUAAAGCUCCAGUGAGGAACUUUCAGUUUGUUUUGUGUUGGUACCCCCCUGUGGACAUGGUCAUCUUUCCUAAAUUUGACUAUGUUUAAGCAGUGCCUUCUGACAAAAAUAUCUCAUCUGUUUGAGUUUUAACAGUCAUAACUUUCAUUUAUUGUUGAUAUUUAAUAAGAAAAAUGUAAAAACAGCAGCUGCUCUGGUGACACAUUUUUGCUUUUAUAUAUCAGAAAAAAAGUCAAUUUCAAUUUAUUAAAAAAAAACCUUCACAGGAGCUUUAACUUCUACACGUACGUUAAUUUUCUCCUAGAAUUAAACCUCCUUUUCAGAAUAUUACGUUGUUCUCAUACUUGAGACUGUGCUUUGUCAUUUCACGCCUCUCUAAGCAGUGAACAGAUGUUAUCUGUGGCCGUCAGAUUGUCCGGUCUUGCUCUUUUGUCCAGUCUGACAAGUUCAAGGCUGCAGGCACUGUUCAUUGACUCUUUAUUGACCCUGACGGCUGCUGGGUUCAUGCAGUAUCAGUGAUGUAGAUCAACCAGGGUGAUCUUUUACCACAUGGCACAAGGCACAUGUUAGAUGUCUUUAAGUGCCAAAGUCCUGUGUGACACCAGGGUUUUCCACAGAAUUAGCUGCUUGCUGCUUUUGUAUCAAGAAGUUAAAGCGAAUAAGAGGACUGUGCACCAACUGAAUAUUAAAGAUAGCCCAUGGAGUUUUCUGGAGCAAAAGUUAUAUUAAGGUCAAGUGAAGUCUUCUUAAACAAACUUCUGUCUGUGCGUCUUUGCCCACCUCUUUCUUCGGAGUGUGAAUUGCAAAUAUCAAGAAUCUUGCAUGAAUCACUUCCCUAAUGCGGUAUCUCUUCCUCUCAAGGCCGAGUGUUUGAUAGGUAGUGUCACUUUUGAGUCUGUCUAAAACCUUCUUGCAGAUGUAGCAUCAGUUUUUAGUCCACAUUCAUCAUCAUUACAGUCCCAGCCAUCCAUCAGGUCUCUGCUGAAGUCUUUAUCUGGGUGCUGUUCUAUCUGCUUCCAUUGUCUCUCUGGGCCAUCAGUGAGAUUACAAAACAACUUUUUCAAGGCUAUCCUCACGAAGGUCUUUUGCUUUCAGUACAGUCUGUUUGCUGAUUUAUGGCCACAACAGUAGCAUGUGCCAAACCCAAGGCCGGUCCUGCGGUAUCUCGUGCCUCUCAAGGUUUAUCACUUAGGCGUAAGCGUGAGACAGCCUGAACACCUUAGGUUUAAUUUCUGAAGGCAGGUUCUCUCUCAAGGACUUUUAGGAGAGCAAUAUAACGAUAAUUACUUCCUGAUAGUAAUGAUGGGUGUAGACAAGGCUUGUGUGUAGAGGUUUUAGAGUAAAUGCCAAAAUUUGUCACAGGAUUUACAACUCAAAUGUUGCUUAACAGGUUUGACUACAUCAUUCAAAGUGAGACAGCGCUCUCACUGAUGCUGUAGAGUUAAAGUUAAUUGAUAUUUCCUGGCAUUUAGUAAGAAGAUUGAGAUUUUUUGAGUUUGAAUUCCUGAUAUUCCAGACUAACUUGAAUAUUCAUUUUUUCCUCCUUUUGCAGAGAUGCUACAGUUUGUCAGCAACCAGGUGGGGGACUUCCCAGACUUGUUCGAGGACCAGAUGGCCUCAGCCCAGAAUCCCGGUGCUGCUGCCCAACGACCAACACCUCAAACCCCCCAGACACCAGCCCCUGCGGCCUACCAGACCUCCAACAGUAGUCUCACCCCCACCCAGACACUUUGUCCCCAGUCUGUCCCCCUCACCCCUCCUCUCACCCCCGUACAGACCCCUUCCCCCAGUGCUGCUCCCUCAGGGCAGCAUCAGGUGACCCGCAGCCCGCCGCUCCUCCAGCCGAGGCCUCAGGUGGUGCAGCCCAUCCAGCCUCAGCCAACGGCUCAGCCCACCAUCCAGGUAUUCACCGUCUGACAAACCGUGCAAAUUUUAUGUAAUGGUAAAAAAAUAAACACUGAGAGCAACAGAUUAGUAGCAUCGCUGGGUAUGAAAGGGUAAUUCACAGAGGCAGAGUCUCUCAGAAGUAAAGAUGGGAACAGAUUCAUCCCUCUAUGAGUGACAGAAUGAGAAACAUGUUAAGUUAGUCCAUGAAAAUGUCCCUGAGAGUAAAAUUGUAAAGAAAACAAGGAUUUUAUCGUCUGCAGGACAUGACAUUGUUAAAAGAUUCAGAGAAAUGUAAAGAAAUUAUUUUAAAAAGACUCAAGUCCCCUAAUAAAAAGACAAUACUUUAUGGUUAUGAUCACCACAUUAAAACAGAAGUGACUCUGUGGUGGAACUCACUGCAUGGGCUCAAAAUGAUUUCAUCCCCGUAAAUAUCACUUCAACCACAAAUCCUGAUUAAAACAAUGGAAAGAGGAAACCAUAUAGAAACACAACCCAAGAAUGAUGAUGAGUGUCCUGCGGUCUGACAAAUCAGAAUUUGACCCUUUUUUUGGAAAUCAAGGACACUGUGUCGUCCACUUUCAAGAGGAGAGGGACCAACCUGAGGACAGUACAACAGCCAGCAUCUGUGAUGGUUCAAAGAUGCACAAGCGUCCCUGGUUUGGUUAGUUUACCCACCUGGGAAGACAACAUUGAUGCUGCAAUAAUGUAUUAAUGUAUUUUUGAGGGAAGACCUUUCGUAUUUCAGAGAGACAGUGCUAUUCUGUUGGCUAGUUUUUCUAUAAAAUAAGAGAAGAUGCAACUCCUGUAUGCUGAAUAUUCAUUUUUUUUUUUGUUUGUUUUGUUGAAGCUUGUAAAGUUUUGAUCUGUUCCUGCAUAUACUGUAACUGGGUGUGCAUUAGCUGUAUAACUGCAGCAGUGAUGAACUGCUGACGGGAUGUAGUUUUUUUAGUCCCUGGCUGCUUUUAAGGGUCCUGCUUCUCCAGCUGCAAUUUUAUUGUCUGUUGUGGAGAGUGUGGAUUCAUUUUCUGCUCUUGUCCUACCCAUUUAAAAAAAAAAAAAAAAAAGCUUCUGCUGACAGGAGAAACAUUCCAGGGCACCAACAGACUGUAAAAUAUAUUAUCCAGCACAGCGUCCCUGCAAACAGCAAUGCACAUCUCAGCAAAACUGAAGCCAGCAUGAACAAUAAAGUUGAAUAAAAAAGCCUUUUGUUGUUCGAAAACUCACUAAAACUUCCUCAUGUUCAAUCAAACUUAUGCCUAAGAGAAACUAGUUUAAGUGUUUCUUCUUUUACUUCACUGUAGAUGCACACCCAAGGGAUUCCUAUGCAGACCCAAAGCUUUCCAGGUCACACACUGGUCCAGACCCACAGCCAGACGCCCCUGCCCAUCCAGACUCAGGCGGCCCAGACUGUGAUGAUCACUUCCAGUGGUGGACGUCUGAUCCAGAACCCUGUUAUCUGCCACCAGAGCCCAGCUCCUAGUUUCCAAGGUAUCAAAUCAUCAAGUACAGGGCACAGAUUAGAUUUAAUAAAUUCAUUCUCUCAGUGGUGGCAAGUCAAAUGUUGUGGUUUGAAUUUGACUGACAAAUAACCCACGUCCUCUCUCUUGUUUCCAGUCAUCCAACCACAGAUGCAGAGCAUCAUGACAUCGCAGCAGCUCCAACCAGUGACCAUUCAGCACCAGCGUGUUCUGACCCCCAGCGGUCAGACCAUCCAGACCCUUUCCACAGCGCCAACAGUCCACACGGUGCAACAGCAGAUGCAGCAAGUGCCUGUAAGUAACACAGCUGUUGUGAGACAGACCUUGUAAAAAUAAAAAGACUCCAAUUAUUGCACAUUAGGCGCUGUGUCGACUGACACCUUUUUUUUGGUCUGGCAGCGCCUACUUUCUGUAGUUAUCAGAAUCCUCAGUGUAAAAUCGCCCCUGAGGCCAGUUGUUCUUUGUCCACGACACAGUAUUAACAAUCAUAUUAAAGAUUUUUUAUUCUCUAAAAUUUAGAACUUUUUUAAAGACUUAUUCGGAUACUUACAAUAAUGUGGUGCUGAGGUGCCAAAACAUUAGAGGCAAUUUAACAAGGUGAUCCCUUCCUCAUUUUGGUACAGGCAGCUGGCUGCUCACUGUAAACUAAAACUACAACUUCAAAACUUCAUUCUCAUAGCCCGAUUACCUUUUUUCUGGUAAUGUUAUUACUUUACUGCAACUUUAAAUUCAUAAUAAUAAGACUUUAUUUUUGUAAAAAUAUUUGUUUCUUUUUCAUUUUCAAAUCUUGAAAAAAAAGAUACAUUUAAAACAACAAAACUUUUGCAUAACAGCUACACUCAUCAAUGUCAGCGUUUGAUUACCGGCUAAUCAAAGUUAAGAGGAGAAGGGAUAUUUGAUAAAGUUGGUCAACAAUAAUGAUUGAGGUCUGCAUGGGAGAAACUACACUUGUUUUUUAAGCUACAAUUUCCCGGUCUAGAGCUGCUCAUAAUGCUAUGGACUGAUUUCUCUCUGUUGUUUUCGGGUUGAUUUUCUUUUUGUAAAAUAUCAUAGACUGAUAGUUGAUUUAAAGCACACAGAGCAUUUUAAAUCAGAACUACUGGUCACUUCAGGACAAAAAGAUUUACGAACCUAACAACAGUAAACAUUGGUGAUACGACCCCUUGACGGUCUUUUGGUCUCCUUGUGUUUGGUGUGUACCACUUUUUUAAGUUCUUUGUAACAAAAAUAAGAGUUUUUCUUUGACAUUUGAAUGUUUCUACCAUCAGGUUCUGGUCCAGCAGCCUCAGAUCCUGAAGACAGAUUCACUUGUUCUCACUACACUCAAACCAGAUGGCACUCAGGUGCUGUCUACUAUGCAGAGUCCAACAGGGAUCACCACCCUGACAACACCUAUACAGAACACAGCGCUGCAAGUCCCGGUAAACAGCUAGCACAUCAACUUUUGGUUGUUUGUCCGCCUUUUUUUCAGUCCAGCAGAGAACAAUGUUUGUACUUUGUAACCUCAGACACUGAUGAGCAGCAACAUCCUGACCACGGUCCCUGUCAUGAUGGGAGGAGGAGGAGACAAGCUGCCCAUCAAGCAGCUGCAGCCAGGCUCCUCUCACUGCACAAACGGAGCCAGAGCGAACAUGGAGCAAACUCAGAUGAUGGGAGGAAUGGUGGGUCCCGGAGGCGUGGUGAAGGAGGGUGAGAGGAGGACAACCCACAACAUCAUCGAGAAGCGGUAUCGGUCGUCCAUCAACGACAAGAUCAUAGAGCUCAGAGACCUGGUCAUGGGGAAUGAUGCAAAGGUCUGUGAUUUUUCUGAGGAGAGUUUAAUGAUAAAGAAGUUUGUCGUCUUUGAAAUAAGAUCCACAGAAGUUAGACCCCUUUAGUCAAGUGUUAUUAUUUUCUCUUUAUAGAUGCAUAAGUCAGGAGUCCUGCGAAAGGCCAUCGACUACAUCAAGUACCUGCAACAGGUCAACCACAAACUACGGCAGGAGAACUUGGCUCUAAAAAUGGCAAACCAGAAGAACAGUGAGUCUUUCUCUUCACUGACGUUCACUGACAGAUGCAGAUCUUUGUAAGUAUGAGGAACUAACACUUCUCUCUCUUUUGUUAAUCUCAGAGCCGGUGGUACUGUCUGAAGAUGUGGAGCUCAAACAAGAAAUAGUGAUGAUGUCGCCUCCAGCCUCAGACUCUGGUUCUGGUUCACCUCCACAGUUCUCUCCUUACUGUGUCGACUCAGAGCCAGGCAGCCCCUUACUGGAUCACGAGCAGGUAACACACAAACACAGGGCCAUGUACUCAGUCUGCAAAGGGAUAUAAAACACAGGCUUAAUCUUGAAAAACCACAUUUAUCUGUCUCUAUUGUUUAGUUUUUGUGAUCCACACUAUAUAAAAUCCAAGCUACACUUACAGCCAACUUUUGAGACGUGGUUUACCAGCAGUUCAGCUUUGAGUGUUGAAUAAUAAAGGCUAUAAUUAGACUUUUUGAAGUCUUUAUCUUACAUUUAGACUGGUCAGCUCAUUUGGAUUUAAUUCAAACUUAAGGGACUUCACUUUGUAUUAUUCUUAUUCAUGACCUGAAUUGUGUGACUAUUUUUACAAUUCCCUAAGGCUUAGCAGGUGAAACUCGUGGUGUAGGUUAAAUAAAAGACACGUCUGUGAAGUAGAUAUAACUUUGAAUCAUCAUGAACUCACUGUCUGUCUGUCUGUCUGUCUGUCUGUCUGCCCUGUUUCUCAGUUGAAGAGUGAGCCAGAUUCCCCCUCCUCCUCUGUCGGAGUCAUGGAUGGUUCCCGACUGCUUCUCUGUGCCCUGACCUUCUUCUGCCUGUCCUUAAACCCGCUGCCAUCUUUAUUGGGCUCUGAGGACUCAGGGAGCCCCAGCCUGUCUACUGGACAUGGAGCAUCUAGAUCUCUUUUCUCUCUCCCAAAUCACUCGCAGGACUUUGGUGAGUAGUGCCAAACCUUCCCUGUUCACAAGGGCUCAUUGUGUUUGAUGUUGCAGGACACAAUACUGUUUCAUGAUCUGACCCUACGUUUUUAAUAUCCCCUCCUCCUCCAGCGUCCUGGCUGCGGUGCCUGCUGCCGUGGGUGAUGGUGUGGGUGCUGAGCGGGGUGGGAGCAGUGUGGGGCUGUGUCAGGGUGCUGUACCUGUGGGAGCCUGUUACACCUCUGCACUCGCCCAAAUCGGUGUCAUUCUGGAGGCAUCGCAAACAAGCUGACCUGCAUCUCAACAGAGUGAGUCCAAAUCAGACCACGGAGGAGGAGGAGCCUUUGAGAAACAGAGAGGAAAACAGACUGCUAUCUGUGUGCUGAUUUCACAGCAUGGGAUUCAUGUGAAGGACAUCUAAAGGGGACAAAGAGUGAAGCAGCAUUUACAAAAGCUACAUAUAUCAUGAUAAAACUACCAGGGUUUUCAUGCACCAAACCUGCUUGCCCUAAAUUUCACUUUUUUGAUGUCUCAGUUCAACCUUUAGGUUCUCUGCCAGGUUUUAUUUUUAGCGUUUGUUCAAAUCUUAGUCACCACUUUCACCGCACGUCCCUUCAUCUUUCUUUCCAGUCUUCAGUCGCGUCUUUUUCACUCAAUAUUCUCCUGUCUUCUCUGCCCCACAGGGAGAUUACACGGCAGCUGCAGCCAGUUUGGAGACCUGCCUGUCCGUCUUGACCAGAGCUCUCCCUUCAACCAAUAUCGACCUGGUCUGCUCACUGUCCUGGAAUCUGAUUCGCUAUUUCUUGCAUCGUCCAACGCCCCUGGGCUGGCUGGUUCACCAGGUUCGGGGGAAACAUGAGGGGGAGGAGGCGAGGACAAGUGCGAGGGACGCUGCGCUGGUUUAUCACCGGCUGAGUCAGCUGCAGCUCACAGGUGAGUGUAAAUAACAUGAUGAGAGGAAAACUGCACCAGAGCUAAAUGAGUAACCACAAAAGUAUUCCUCUAACUCUGCACCCUGAAUUCACUUUGACUCUGCUGCCAAGAUUCACACACACACUGAUAGAGUUUCUGUUCCUCCUGCAGGAAAGCUGCCUCAGCGUAGCAGCCUGUGGGCUCUCUCUCUGUCCCUGAGUGCCGUCAACCUCAGUGAAAGCGCUCAAGGCAAGUUGGCCCCCGCUCAGCUCACACAGAUCUACGUCACUGCAGCAACAGCACUGCGCACCAUCCUGGGCCACCACCUCACCUGUCUACCUGUGAGUCACAUACUCUGUCGUCUGUCUGACACUGUUCUGUGUAAAGAUGUCUGUCAUUUGCAGCUUUUCUGAUUCUACAUCCCAGGGUUAUCUGUUGAGCUGUGCAGAGAGUGUGGCCAACCAAUCAGAGACCAAGCAGAUCCCUGACUGCCUGCGCUGGCUCUUCACCCCUUUGGGCAGGCAGUUCUUCCUGAGUUGUGAUUGGUCGGUGAAGUCAGAGAGCUCAGUCGGACUCUACACCUCUGAGAGAGACCCAGGUAGGUCAAAUAUCUAUCAGGAUCCUCCACCUCAGAAACUUAAAAGCUCUUGACCACAAAAACAUCCAAGAUAUAGAAUAUAAUUACAAGUCUUUGAUUAAUUUUGAGCUUUAUUUACCUAGAGGAACAUUGAAAUUUUAGUUUUUUAAUGGAUGAUCACACUUGGUUCAACAUUAUCUAUGCUGCUCAUAUUAAUUUUAGAUUAGGUGUGGAGCUCAAGCAAUGUCCAAGCAUGACCCAGUUUAAAAAGCGGGACAAAUACAUGGUAUUACCAGGUACAGUGAUGAAGAAGGGCUUUAACCAUUGGGUGUUUUCAUAAAUGGUUUAUGUACUUAUUUACUCUAUUUACGUUCUAUUUUUUGUAAAUAUAAUGUAAAUAUGCUGGAGACUGAUUGUUAAUUGAGUAGCGGAGAAGGGGUAGGUUAAAAAAAAGCACAGUGCUUCAUCCCACUGCUUUUCAGACAUGUUGGGCUCACAUUAUCAUUAUUAGUAUUUUUUAUUUUUAUUGUUUUGCUUUGGUCAUUGUUGUUUUAAAUUUUCUCAUUGGUUUUGUUUGUUUUCAGUUUACUUUCUGGUGUUGCACGCACGUGUUCGAAAAAAAUAAAUACAUAUAAAAAAUAAUAAAUAAACUGUGCUCAAAUUAUUAACUUAAUUUGCUUUUUAUGAGUAUUUUUUAGCUUAUUAUCUAUUUAUCAUGAUUUACCCAUUUAUGAAUACUGGACCUGGGUAAAUAUUUUUGUCAUUUAUGGUUUUGACAUAUUGAACAACAGUAAAGUGAGCCUCGAGCAACAUUCUGGUUUAUUUGCUGAAAGUAGGGCUGUCAGAAAACCACACAACUUCUGCAGGAUUGUUAAAGCCAAAAAUAUUCACAACAAGCAAUAUUCGGAUCGGUUUUGAAAACUUGGGUACAAACCAACACGAUCAAUCAAAUUGAAGAAAAACAAGACAAGGAUGGAGCGACGUGUAACGCUGUAAACUUUACUAGUAAACUCACUGAACUGUUCUCAUCCAUUUACAGUGAUGUUAAGGGUUUUCUUUAAUCUUCAUCACCAGAAACUUCUUUAGAGAAGAGACUACCAUAAACAACAGUCGUUAGUUAGUGAUGACGGUUUUAUUUUGACCUUUUUUUUACUGUCCUGUGUUCAGGCUGUUCUGACUUCUGUAAAAACAUGCUUUUAUUUUGAAAUGACAAACAUGCUACUUUUGGGAGUUUCCAGGAUGACAAACAGAAUAAAAAUUGGUUUUGAAGUUUGUGUAUAACUUGUGUGCUCAAACGCUGAAGAAUACAAUCACGGUUAAAGUGAAAACACGUUCCUAUCUUGACCUUUUCCAGCUGAUCCAAUCGCCCAGCUGCAUCGCUGUUUCUGCAGGAAGCUUCUAGAAAGAGCGGUUCACACUCUCAUCCAGCCACAGAGUGACUCUGAAGCAGGCAAACACAAGAACGACUCUGGGUAAGACAAGAGACGACUGAUGUUUUAACACUUUGAUGUGAAUUUAUUCAUUUACAGUGCAUCUGUAAACCUGGUCCCCUUUUCUCUGUCCGUGUCUCUGUCAGGGAGUUUUCCAGCGCUCUGGAGUUCCUCCAGUUAUUGAACAGCUGCACAGAGGACACUCCUACCCCUCCUCCUCUCUUCUCAACUCCUCCCAAUCACACCACCACUCCAGGUAUGAAUGAUGAGAUAACCCCUGACCAAUCACGAGACGGCAUGAAUCACAUCUCUGAGGGAAAAGACUGAAUCAUGAUCAUCUUUUAAUUUAGCGAAGAUUAACUAGAUCAACUGUCAACAUGAAUAUUUCUUGUUCUUCUGAAUUUUCACACACAGCUGGUCUUUGUGUUGAUGAUUCUCAUAAAUAAGGUGUUUGCAAUCAUUCAUUAUAAAUGGCUCAAAAGAGACAAGAACACAUUUAUCUGUCGAGGAAAUAAGAAGUUAUGUCUUUCCAGAACAUCAUGUUGCACCCAAAGCUUUUACAAUCUUCUCACACACACACACACACACACACACAGCUUCUGUUAUGGCAGGAGACAAAAAGCAGCUGGGUCUUAGCAGUUCAAUCAUCUCUAGAAAAUUGAUCAAACCUCUCACAGUGAAGUGUUGCUCCUAAUGACAGAAUCCCAAGAAACUGCUCAGAAUCGUGACAUUUUCUAAGAAUUUCCUCCUUAACACUUGAGACCACAUCGUCCUCAAGAUGAAAGUCUUUCAUAAAACAUCUGAGCUCUUAAGAGAGCCCUUAAGGUGAAAUCUGUCAGGAGCACUGUGGAGGACUUCAAAAGGCCACGAGUUUGUCAAGCAGAGGAAGAGGUGAACUCAAAAACCACAGUGAAUGAAUGACAGUGAGUUAAUUAAAUACCAUAGACGAGAUGGUGCAGUGAUCAUCAGCCAGCACGACAACACACUAUAACCAGAAAUGACAGCGAGUGCAACAGUAAGAUUUAUUGCAACAGGAAAGAUGCAAAAGUUUAACUUGCAAUUUGUUCUUGUGGCAGGUGAGCCUUGAGUUUAAAAACUUAGAUAUAGAGGUCACCUUUUUUCUUUUUUUAUAAACUUAUGUACAAAUAAAUAUAAGAAGCUUCCAUAUAAGGUGAAGGGCAAAAUAAGAGCAAGACCUGUCAUUAUAGUUUCAUCCAUUUAUUCUGAUUGGUCGGACAAAGUCUGGCCUUGUAGGUUUAAAAUAUUGACAGAUCUGUGCCCAUUAUCUUGUCUUUGUUGUCUUCUUACUCUUUUUGUGGUUCAACCAAUCACAGCUUUUAAAAGAAUGUGUUACAUGCCUUCUCACUAAGAUAAGUUUAUUUGACAGGGACCACACAGAAUCGGACUGCUGAGUGAGAUUUAACUAUAAAACUAAUGCAGGAAAUUGUAAAAACAUACAAUACAAUAAAAAAACAUCAUUCAUGCAACUGAAAACAAAGUAAACUGAAAUAUCCUGUUUCAGUCACUGAUCACAUGAUUGGCUUUCCUUGAAUCAUGAUGUGAGUUUUGGUUCAGAGUAUGAUAUUGAUCAGAAGUGGUCUGCAGCUUUAACUAAACUUACAGACUGUCUGACAGCAGUUUACCUCAACGGUUACCUCUUGCAGUUGCUAUGGUUACCCCAAUAUUGUUCCUGCAUAGAGAUACACUUGACUUUUUCAUUAUUUCACAGUGAUGGCAUCUCCAUCAAGAGUCUUCACAGAUUGUUUGUAGAUAGUCCCUAAUGGUUCCUAAUGUGUGGUCCCCUCUGCCCGGGUCCAGCUUCCUGUUCCUAAAUCCCUCCUAGUCCUGGAAGUCUCACUCAAAGUUGUAAACAGUAUUAGGAGCUCUCUGUUUUUGUUUGCUUUUCUUCCCACAUGAUUAACUUUUUGUUUUUUUAUAUCCAGUUGGAGAUCCAGUGAGUCGUUGGUGGGCUUUGGUCUUGAAGGCCGUCGUUCAUUGGCUGCAGGGCAAUGAUGUCACGGUGAAGUCACUGUUGGCAGAAGCAGAGCGGAUGCCAAGAGCUUUACACACUAUUGAGUAAGUGAAGAGCAGCUUGUUUCUUUCAUCUCAAACAUCCCAGAAUACUCCCCCCACUCCAGGAUCGAGAAACUAAAACAAACAGUAGAUGGUAGUUCCUGGUAACAAAGAUAGUUAAUAUUUCAUUCCUGUGUAAUAAAAGUAGCUGUGCCCGUCCUAACUGUGUCUCCCCCUCCUCUUUGUUUCAGCCAUCCUCUGCCCAAAGCGGUGCUGCUGCUCUGUAAGGCCGUUCAAAUGAGUCUCUCCCCUCUGAAGGGUGAGGGGGCUGUAGCCUGCCUCUCUGCCUGCGACAGAGCCAGCAGCUACCUGCGCUCCAGCAUAUCAGUGCCCCUCGCCCCCUCUGGGAACAUGCUGAACAAGGUAGAUUACCCAGAAUCCAUCACAAAACUACAGACACUUGCUCAAAAUCCUCUUGCAGAUCUGCUCUGUGGUUAAUAUGCUUUGAAAAUGAUCAUGUUUUGCACUUUCAAAAUCAAAAUCAGCCUUGAUCCAAUGUGUAUUCAGGGAGUUAUUGUAGCAACACACACACUGUGAAUGCUCAGUCGGGGUCAGGGCGAGCUGUGGCGGGGCUGCGUGUUUGUGUGUGUGUGUGUGAGCGCUGUGUAGGUGGCAGGAGGUGGCUGUGGUGCAUUGUAGUUGCAUUGCAUGAUCCUGAAGCCGACUGCAAUGUGUCUGCAGUGCAUUACAGACGCCUUCCCGAUCUGCACGCACCUGCUACACACUCAAGCCUGCUGACGCUAGAAAGCACUGAUUUUCCUGUUAUUGAUUUUAAUUUUCCACGUGCAUGUUGGCUGAUUUGGAUGUGAUGAUUGGUUUUUGUUAGCUUGUAGAGGUGUUAAUAGCAUUUUUUAAUCACAACUUAACUCUCAAAUUGAUCUUCAAAAAUAAAAAUCAGCCACAGCUUUUGAUAAAAAGCAGUUUUUGUCUCUUUCACACAAAACUAAACUUCAGUUUUUUCUUCUUUCCCUUCAAAGGGGGUGGAGCUCCUGCUCUGUGACCUUCUCCUGACCUUGAGGACCAGUUUGUGGCAGCGUGGAAGCAGCAGUAAUGGAGAACCAGGCCCAGCUCCUGGAUCUCAGUUGGCUGGUUUUCAGAGAGACCUCAGCGCCCUACGAAAGCUCACGCAGUGUUACAGACAGGCGCAACACAAGGUACAUGUAUACUUAUGCCAUAUCAUCAGGGGUGAGAUCUGUUUUUGGUCUAUUUUACACAUGAGAGAGAAACAACAUUAAGGCAGAAAAAGCCGGUUGUUUCUUUAAGUGUCAGAAACACUUAGAAGAGAAGCGCAAGUGCAAAAUGUUUUCUGCAGGAGCAGCAGCACCAGCAAAUUGUUUCUGCAUAUUUGGCACGUUUCAUUUUAUGACAUCCAACAAGCAGAAGCACAACAAGACCCUGCUGGUUUGAAACGACUGCCAGGGAUUUAUCAGUCUGACCUUGACCACAUUUCUUGGCUGGCUUCAUGGCAAGAUUAAUCAGGAGUAGGUUUGUGUUUUGAUUUUUAUGUUGCUUAUUAAGCCCUUAAAAAUUUCAAAAAUAUUGAGCGGUGCCAAAAACAAGCUGUUGGAGCCCAAACCUGUUUUAUUUGAUGACUUCCAGUCAGGGGUGUGUGAUCGGAUCAUUUAAAAUCCUGAAGGAUUAGAACAUGCCCACAAUGUAGUGUUGCCACAUCCUCGUCUCAUCUGUUGGGGUGGUAUGCAGUGAUUCAUGUUGUCAUUGUUUAUAAUGCACAGACCAAGCCCUCUGAUGCAGACAUGGAGUAAAAAGACGACACUGCAGCGCUAAGUUGCACACACUGAUUAGCAGCACAGACACUCCAGAAGUGGAUAGACCGCUGAGAAGCACUCGUCCCAAAUUUAAAAGUUUUCUCAAUAAGUACAGUAAUCCAAAAUGUGGAUUUACGAUGAAGUACAGCACAGUUUGCUUUAAAAUAAGUUUUUUUUAAAUCAUAAUUAAGGAGAAAAGUUUUAUAAAGUGGUGCUGCUGGACACAUCCAAGAUGCAAAGAGUUCCAGAAUGAUAUGAGCAACUAGGUGUUUGAUAGCAAUAUGCGACUUGGGCGGAUUUUCAGAUGUGCAAAGCUGCUUCUUAUGUGUCGGCACCGUAAUACAACACUUCAUUUCAGAAGUUUUCCUGUUUGAUUUUAGUGUUUUUUUACAACCAGUGUGGAGACUAAUAGUGGGCUAACAGACUCCCUCGCUCUGUGACAGAUUACACACACCCAGCACACUGCAAAGAUGGCAAACACAAAGACAGUCGAACUUCAAGCCAAAUUGGUUUUAAACUUGAUAAAGAUUUUGUUAAAUUCUGCAAUUUAUCGUAAAUCUCUGUUUAUUCAAACUUGCACUACCUUCCUCCUUUUUGAAUAUCUGAUUAGCUUAUCAUACAAAUGAUGCUGAGAAAGUGACAUUCUUGUCCUGGACAUUUAUUAUUUAAACUAUUAGCUAGAUAAUAAGAAACAUAGUCAUUCUGACACUAAAUCAUGUUAUUCUGCCUUAUCCCCCUUCCAUACUUUCCUCUAAAGCAUGAAAUAAUAGCAGGACAGACAAUAAUUUGGCUAACAGUCCUCCAUAUCGGCAUGUUCGUGAUCAUACUGCGUUUACUGCAUCAGAUUGAAAAUCCAGCUCUCUGGAGCUCUUUGGUUUAGCUCAGCUGGUUAAGCAGGUUCCUACAUGUUGAGAAGCUACAGUCCUCGUUGCACUGGAAGAAUCAGUCCACUGUCCUGACAGGAUUUGGUGUGUGUGUCUCCCUCCUCUUUGUGCCAACAUUUCCUGUCUUUUAAUAGCUGUCUCAUUCGAUAAUAAAACUCAAAAACAUUAAAAAGUGAACUUCUUUCCCACUCACAGCAGCUGCAGAGAUUCCACUGCAGUCUCAAGUGUCAUCAGUCAGACUUGUCAGGUUUACCAGGGUAGAUGUUUCUUUUGCCAGGGGGUCUUUACAACCACGGCUUCCCCAGCAGUCUGUGAUCAUUUGUUAUGUUUUGACUUGUGCAAAACUCUGAAAACCGCAUGAGCUGCAUGAUUGAGCGCAGCUCCGUUUUAAGACCGCAGUCUGAGAAGUACUCAGACAUGAUCCUCUGCAUAAAAGAGUGCACUGAGGGCUCAGUAUUUCAUGCAGAUAUCCUCAGGAGUAAACAGUUUGUUGGGUGAAAUGAUGUGCUUCAGCAUCAAGCAGGGAACCACCUGGGAAUACUUGACGAGAUAAAUCACUGUGGGUGUUUGUGUGUGUGUGUUUGUGUGCUCCUGCAGGUGUUUCUCCACGAGACCACAGUGAGGCUGAUGGCUGGAGCCAGUCCCACAAGGACUCACCAGCUGCUGGAGCACAACCUCCGACGCAGGACACACAGCUCCUACACAGCCGGUAAGAACCCCAUUAUUACAGAGUGAUUCAUGUCUACACCUCUGAGGUAUCAUUGUCACAGAAGCAUAACCGCACACAGGACAUUAGUUCAGGAAGUGUAUGCCUUUGGCAAGAAAUGAUCUGUCUUUAACUUCUGUUUCCUGGAGGACAGAAAGAGGUACGACAUAAAUACAACAACAACUACCAAGAAGUCAGGACACUGCACAGUGUUGAUAAAAACUGAAUUCUGUUGUUUGCAAAUCAUUUAAGCAGAUACAUUAAUACACCUUAAUGCAAAAUAUAUGCACAUUUUAAAUUUGAUAAAAACAACAUGUCUCAAAAAAGAUGGGACUAAAGUAGUGGUUGCCAAGUUUUAUUUUUUUGGCACGCCCCUAAUCCAGAGGAAAUGUUGCUGCUGCAACAGUCACCGGUCGAACUUCUGACCUUGACCCUUUACUGCAUGUCCUCCCCACUCUCAGCUCCCCACAUUUCCUCUCUCACUUCUCUGCUUUCUUUUUAUUAAGGCAAAAAUGCCUAAAAAUAUAACUGAAGAAGAAGAAAUUCAGACAGGGCCCAAAAAAAAGAUAAAGUUGUGUAAGGCUAAAAAUAAAAUAAACCCCACUCCAAACAGAUCCUCAUCAGGAGCUGCCUCUAAAAACAGAUGUGACUCUGUAGUGGGAGUUACUGCAUCGGCUGAAUAUCUCUUCCAAAGACCACAGUUCAUCUCUGCAUCCAUAAAUUCAGAUUAAAACUGUGCCAUGCAAUAAAGAAACCAUAAAUAUAAAUGUGAUUAAGAAACACCAGUAACUUCUCCGGGCCAAAUUUGACAUUCUUUUUGGAGAUCAUGGACUCUACACCCUCCACUCUGAAAAGGAGAAGACACACCUGGCACACAGCUCAAAAGUCAGUGAACCUGAUGAUAUAGGGAUCAUUAUGACCACCAUCAUUAUAUGACCACCUCAUAUAUUUCAAUGAGACGACGCCAAACCACAUUCUGCUCAUAUUACAACAUCAUGGCUCCAUAGUAGAAGAGUCCAGGUGCUAAACUGGACUGCCACUGGUCCUGAUUGUCACUUAUUUAAAAUAUUUGACUAAUAAUGACACAAAAAUAUCAAUACACAAAUGCUGUAGAGCUGCUAAAAUCCUACAUUAGACAUUUACUUUCAAGACUCCAUAAACUGAUCCCCCUGAUUCCCAGAUGUUUGCAGUGUUGUUAAAGGAGGUCUUUUGGCAUCAAAUAAUCACAUAACAGAUGAUGCAUGAAUACUUUAUUUAAAACCAGAACCACAAACUUUAGAAACCUUUUGCGUUAAAAUGAUAGCUAAAAUAUCACCUUUUAAACAUCGUAUAAUCUGUGCUGCUUUCUUUGUCUGUCAGAAGGCGAGUGUGUCCUGGGUGAGAGGGAGAGGGCCCAUGCCAUCCUGCUGGCCUGUCGUCACCUGCCCAUGCCUCUGCUGACCCCACCAGGACACCGUGCCCGCCUGCUGGCCGAGGCCAAACGCACCCUGGAGCGUGUGGGAGACAGGCGCUCCCUGCAGGACUGUCAGCAGAUCCUGCUGCGCCUCAGCGGUGGGACAACCAUCGCUGCCUCCUGAACUUACGCACACACCCUCAACGAGGUUUCUGACAUCAUAAGGAAACAAUGAACUCCUACUACCAUCCGUAAAUAGAUCAUCCACAAAAACACACAGCCACCUAACUGUGUAAUUAUCCUUUCUUCACAGCUUCAAUUUGAUCAAGAGCCUUGAAUCAUAUGACUCUUCUUCAUAUUUCCACAUGCUUUAGCCCAUGGGUUACCUGGUAACUCCACACCCCAGCAGAAACUCGGGACAGCUGCAUGUCUGCUCACACUGAUAGCUGCAGCUCAAACAUGCCACCUUCUGGCCAUCGAUGGAACCAUUCUGGCUUAUUUUUAAACAGUUACACGCAACAAGGAAAAUCAGGGAAAAGGGACCAUUAUAUUUUAGCUGUUUAAUUUAAUGUGAUGCAGCAGUGCAUUGAUUUACUGUAGGAAGCAGAUCUACAAUCAUUACCGACACACAGCAAUGUGAGCGCCUCACUUAAAGGCUUCAGGAUAGACAGCUGAGGUCUGUGAGGCACAGCUGUGCUGUAGGAUGCAGACAGACAGACGAGCUUGCUUUUAACAAACAGUGCUGAGUAGUGUCUCUUUUAUCUACCUCAUCCACAGGACAAUGCUGAAAUUGUGCCGUGGAGAAAACAUAUAUUACUAAAGCCACCCCAUCAGUCAUCGGGAAAUUGAAUCGAGAGACAAUUUGAAGUGACGCUUCAAUCCAGAGCAACAUCAAUACAGUGAGAUGGCGCUGAGUUGCUUUAUUUAGACUUCAGGAUGCUGCAGGAAGGAUAUUUUUAAGUCGCUUUUGCAGAGGAGUGACAGACAGCUACUGCUAACACACACUCAGAAGCCUCUUUUAUGCAUGCACGCUGAAGGUUUCUGAAAACUUCCUUGAAUUUCAGGCUUGGCUGCAAACAGGUGAACGUAAACAGCUUAAUUUCCACCCUCAAGUAUAACUAGACUUUUGCCUGCCAGCACCGGUGGUAAAUUUCUGCAAGAAGUGGUGUCAGAACACAGCGGGUAAAAGUCAGGAAAAUACACCACGGGGUGGGGUGACAACGCUUGAACACGCACAGCCAGCACACGUCACAGCUGACUCAUAUUCUUCUGCUCCCCGGUAUGCUGACUCAACCUAACUUUGAGUCAGUGUAACUGGGGCAAAGCCUGUACAUGCCACAAUAUCCUAAACCCGGGAUGCUCAAGUUCAUGUAAACACACUCCGAGUUUACAUUGUUUUACUGCUAUAUCAGUGCUGCAAGUAAAACUUUUGAUUGACUGUAUCAACAAACAAGUGGUAAUGCAGAGCAGAAAUGACGAGCAGUAAGCAGCUUCAUUACUACUUGCAUGAUGUUCAUGUCACUUGAGGUGAAUUUUACAUGCUGCGUUAACCCCCCUCUCUCUCAGACCUCUUGCAGGAUUUUUACCAGGGGGCUGGAAGGACUAAGUCUGGGUCAGAGCACAGGUUUGGCUCAAUUAGUAGAACAGGCUCCCCGUGUACAGAGGCUGCCGUUUGUGUUCACACUUGGUGCUCAAGGUGAAAAUUUCCAGUUUUCAGGAGUUUUGUGCAUGUGUGAAAAGGCUGAAAGAGGAAAAUGUUAGAAUUUUAGAAAUCUUUAAAAAAAAAAAUUUAAAUGAGAAACAGCUGAUCAUGAACGUAAGAGUUUUUAAUACCUACCUACCAACACAUGCACACGUUGUUAAAUUUUAGAGUAAUUACAUUCAAGCUUGUAAUGUAAUUGUAAAUAGUUUGUAAAUAGGCAGAUUAGCAGAGGUAGAAAGGAAGUCUUUUUCCCUCUGCAUGAGAGGAGAAUGAAGCAAAACAUGUCAAAGUUAGUGCUUAAUAUUAAUGUUCAAUCUCUGAGCAAAAGAGCAAGUCAGAGUUCUCAAUUUUAAAGUGAAUUUACCACCAAAAUGAUGUGUAUUUUUAACCCUCGAACACCUAUAGUGGCUUUGCAAUGUGUUUUUAAAAAGUUACAAAUCAAAAUAUCAGUUGUGGUCUGAUCAAUUUGAUAAUUUCACUGCAGGUAAAAAUCGAAGAAUUCAUAAAAAUUGUCCGUUGUUGUUUGCCAUUAUCAAGCAAACAGGCAGUGAGUGUCUGAAUGCUUUCAGCAGCAUAUCCCACUGAGGUUUAUCUUAGUAAAGACAGAAUAACAUGAGGAGUGGUAUGUUUUCUAGGAAGAAAGUCCCACUUAUGAUGUAAAGCACGCAAACAUGGCCUUCAUAUAUAAAAAAAGAAGAAAAAAAACUGUCACAGUCUCAGAGUGAUUGCGAGAUCUUUGUCUGAUUGGCUUUUUAUUUCUAAUUGUUUACAACAAUUCAAGCAUUCCUGUUUUACUGUGCGCUGGUUUUCUUAUUUAAUGGUUGUGUAAUGUAAUAUUAAUAUAAAUGCAUUUUUGUGUUUUGGAGGUGGGGGCCAGUUUUGCAGAAUUGACGUUGUUUAUGCUUUAUAUGUAUAAGAAGCAGCCUUGGGUAAGAGGCUGGCAGAUGAUAAAUCUUAAUAGAAGGAUGUUGUUUUUUUUACUGAAGAAGUAAAGUCUGCUUUUAAACAAUUGGCUUAAUGUUUUAGAAUCACUUUUUUUUGGGUACACGCUGUUAUUUCUUUGCUUUGUUAAAAACAUAGAAGCAGACACACAAGAAUGCUGUUAGAAAUAACAAGAACUCUGUCCUCCAGGUCAACCUAAGGUGUAAAUUAGCAACCGAAGAAAUCAGUUCAGAUUAUUUUUUGGCUGAUUAAGUGUGUAGAGUAGAAAACGUUGCUCUACCGUUGGUCAGCAGGCUGGAGUUUUUGCUCCUAGUAGAAUAAUGUUACAUUACAGACUGUUCUUAUGUCUUAUCCCAUUCUGUGUUUUUUUUUGUCUGCAUUUCUGUGUACGUUUUGAUGUUUGUUUUUAUAAUAAAACAACAUAUGACAGUG